AAUUUAAAGAUUUAUUAAUCAAAUUCAAAUUUUAAUAAAAUUCUAUUUUACAGAAAAUAAUUUUUUUUUACUAUUAUAUAAUAAUUAAUUAAAUUAAUUAUAAAUAUAAUCUUUUGUAUUAUCAUAUCUACUAUUAGCAUACAGAAAACAUUUUCUCUUUUGUUCGAUGUGGAUAAAAAUUUUUAUUUUUAUUAGACACGAACGUUUUUAAGGCUUAAACAGGGUUACAAGUUUGCUGCCUAUGAAUGAGCUUAACUUAUGAAUCGAUUUUCCUUUACUACUUAUCGUGUAAUAUUAAGAAUAUUCUAUCUGAAAAAGAUUUUCAAUUCUUCGCCAUUUUCCAUACUUUGCAUUCAAUUGUGAUUUUCCGUGUAACUAUCUUUUUAACAAUAAAAGUAGACGAUUAUUAAUUAAGAUUUUAUUAAUUUUAAUUCAAUAACAUCAUUUAUUUGUCAAAUAUAGCGUUGUAACUUUUCAUACUUUCAUUAUUAUUAAUUGAAAAAUAAAAAUUAAUAUUUAUAAAAAUUAUUUUAAAACUUUUAUUAUGGAUUAAUUAAAAAUUGCGACAAUUACCAUAUUUCAAAUAACGUGACUGCAACUUCUUAAACUCAAAAUUAAUAAUUAAUGUUAAUAUAAUAAUUAAAUAGUUAAAUAGUUAAAAAAUUAAAAGUAUACAAAAAUUAAAAAAUUUGUAUCAAAUAAAUAUAUAUAUGUGUGUACUAAAUAUUAAUAAUAAUUAUAUUAAAUUAUCAUACUAAAUAUUUAUUUAUAUUAAAUUUAUAAAAAUUAUAAAGAAUUAAAUGUUACAUUUUACAAAUAUGAAAAAUCGUACGUAUUCUCUAUAAAGUUUCGCGUGUCUAAGAUAGAUAUUCGAUUACCAAAGUCGUGAAAAUAUAUACUUAUUCAAUAAUCGAAUAUAGAAAUUGUUGAUGUUUAAAUGCGAUAAGAUCAUAUUUUUAACUUAUCAAAAUCACUGUCACUUUCAAAUCAAAUUAUCCAAGUUUGAUAUUUCUUGUAAAUAUACAUACAUAUUCAAUUAUUUGACCGAUUUAGCUUUAUAUGUAACUACAAUAUUGCAAACUGAUGAAUUUCAUAUGUAUAAUCAAUGCAAUAAAUAUAUUAUAAAUAUUUUUUUAAAGAAAAUUUAAAUUCGUUAAAAAAAAUCUACAGAUUUAAAAAAUUUUUUUGUUAUUAUUAAUAUUAUCAAUUUUAAAAGUAUACUUUCCUAUUAUUAAAUUCUAAAGAAAUUGCUUUCUAAAUUUUCCAUUUUCAAUUUUAUUCGUGUAUCUCUUUAAUCUACUGAAAUUUAAACCAUCUAUUCCCGAGAUUCAAUUAUCGCCAUUUUCUGUACCAUCUCUAUUCGCAUCCCGAGCAACAGUAGGCCAAAGAAGCAAUUCUAUACAAUCGUUAGUAAUCCUUUACACUUGUAACGAGAUCAGCCGAAACGAAAUGUAAUACAAUAAUCUAAAUAACAAAAUUUAGAAUUUCUCUGAAUAAUUUUUCCAUUCCACUAAAAAAUCUAACCUAAAAUCUCUUAAAAAAACUUGGCAAUAUUAUAAAUAAUUUUUAUUUUUAUUUUAUUUAGAUAGUAAAAAAUAUUUUAUAUCUUAAAAAAAUAUAAAAAUAUUCUUAAAAACUAUCUCUUUUUUUUAACUUAAGUUUUCUAUUUUUUCUUUAAUAAAUUUAAUCAAAAAUAUAUAUUUGACAUAAUUAUAAUUUCAUCAAUUUUAUAAUUUUUUUUACAUUUCUUUCUUGUAACCAAAUAUUCAUGUAAUAUUAUCUUCCAAUAUAAUAUCUAUAUAUAUUAUCUCACUUAAUACAAUAUUAAUAGUGAUUAAUUAUGUAUUAAAAAUUGAGUAGAGAUUCCAACUACCAUCUACCAUAAAACUAAUAUAACUAUAUGAUUAUCAAAUUAUAAAAUGUAUAAUAAAAAAUAAAUAAAUAAACAUUAUAUAUAAACAUUAAACAAUUAAAAAAUAGAUAAUCAAAUAUAUAUACUUAGCCAACUCAGUUAUUUCUCUAUCCAAUUUUAUUGCACGAAAAAUAUUUAACAAAAUUAUCCUACACAUAUUAUUCAGUUUCAAAAUUAGAGAAAGUAUUCCUCCCUCUUCUCUUUAAAAAAAAUACAAAAAAUUCCAUCAAGCAACGUUUAACGUGCUCGUCUUCCACGAUGAAAAUGUUAUUCUGCACCCUAAAAUAUCUUUUUCACCGUGGUUGUCUGCGGCGCGCGCAUCCAUCCGAGGGGGGUGGAGAAGGCGCAAGAGCAUCAGCUCCGUCGAAACGGCGGAAAACGUUAUGUGUUUUAUCGAUUUGGGUCGGGGGGGUCGGCCAUGUUCGUAUCCGCCACCGGUCAGGCGCACUCGUGUCCCAACGUCGAGAGACCGUGCCACCGAUAGAUUUUCCACCGUCUACAUCGUCGUCGAUGUCGCAGGGCGUAUAAAACGAUGAUGCACUUGUAAAACGCGAGAUCCCGUGUUUUUCACUCGCUCUUUUCUCAUUGCCAUACAACGCCAGAACACGUUCGCUAAUUGUUUCCACGGAUCCGGCUCGCGUCGAAAUCUUCGAGCGACACAGAGGACAGAGGAUAGGAGGAAUCUCGAGACACCUCGUUUCGGAGUAGUGGAGCCAACCGAGAACGAGCAUCAAAAUGCCUGCCAUUAACAAGAGAGAAGCUGAGAAGGUGCCGGAAGAGCCACAACCGGAGGAGGUCGUUGAAUCGACGUUAAAAACAUUUUUGAGCACCGAGAUGGAAAUAAAAGAAGCCACAGAGGCAGAGGUAGUGACCGAAAAUGCUGGGAAAAAUUUUGAAACUCAAAUGGAAAAUCUCGGCAAAGAAAUCGCGGAGGAAAUGGGAAUACCAACAUGGGGACUUGUUGCGAUUUUAAUAGCUGUAAGCGUAGUAGUUCUCGGAAUCUGCUUCUGCUGCAUCAGAAGAUGUUGUCGCAAAAGACGAUCCAAAGAUGGAAAGAAAGGAUUGAAGGGGGCGGUGGACUUAAAAUCCGUUCAACUAUUGGGCAGCACGUACAAAGACAAGGUCCAGCCGGAUAUGGAAGAACUUACCGACAAUGCCGAGGAACCGGAUGAAGCUGAGAGUAAGCAGAGCGAGGUGAAACUUGGGAAGCUUCAAUAUAAGCUCGAAUACGAUUUCAACACAAACAGUUUGGCAGUAACGGUUAUACAAGCCGAGGAAUUGCCAGCUUUAGACAUGGGUGGCACUUCAGAUCCGUACGUGAAGGUUUAUCUAUUACCUGACAAGAAGAAAAAAUUCGAAACAAAAGUGCACAGGAAAACGCUUAGCCCAGUCUUCAAUGAAACUUUCACAUUCAAGAGCGUACCUUAUGCGGAUGCGAUGAACAAAACUCUCGUUUUCGCGAUCUUCGACUUCGAUAGGUUCUCCAAACACGAUCAGAUCGGUGAGGUUAAGGUUCCGCUAUGCCAAGUCGAUCUGGCUCAGACGAUCGAAGAAUGGAGAGAACUGCAAAGUGUCGAGGGUGAAGGUGGUCAGGAUAACAAAUUAGGUGAUAUUUGCUUCUCACUUCGAUACGUGCCCACUGCUGGUAAAUUAACUGUGGUCAUCUUGGAAGCGAAAAAUCUGAAAAAAAUGGACGUCGGUGGUUUAUCAGAUCCUUAUGUAAAAAUUGCUCUGAUGCAAAAUGGCAAAAGGUUGAAGAAGAAGAAAACGUCUAUCAAAAAAUGCACUCUUAAUCCGUAUUACAACGAAUCAUUCACGUUUGAGGUACCCUUCGAACAGAUACAGAAAGUGCAAUUGGUUGUCACGGUAGUCGAUUACGAUCGUAUCGGCACAUCAGAACCCAUUGGGAAGGUCGUCUUGGGGUACAACGCGAGUGGAACAGAGUUGAGACACUGGUCCGAUAUGUUGGCAUCCCCGAGACGUCCUAUCGCUCAAUGGCACACGCUUAAAGACCCCGAAGACGGCGACAAGAAGGACUAAGAGAUCGUUGAGAAAAGUUCGUUAUAGAAAAAAAAACAGGUAAUGCAUACCAAAUGGUUCUAAACAGAUACAACAAAUGUACAAAAGCGUUAUUAUUUAAAUUUUUUGUUUCGUUCCAUUCCGUUUGCUUUUGCCUCGUUCUAUAAACUGUAUAUACAUAUAUACAUAUAAUAUGUAUAGGCAUAUAUUAUAUAUAAAUAUGUAUAUAUGUAUUUUCCAACGUGAACGAUAUAUCAAUGAAUCUUUUUAAAAAUACAGGUUUUUUUUUAUGAAAGAAAAGAACAAAGAAAAAAACGAAGGAUGUGCAGUAAGAAAUAAAAAAAAAAGAAAGAUUAAAAUAGAUAGAAAUGGGAUGCAACGAUCUCCCCGAUGUAAUGUUGAUCGAGAUUUUAUUCGAGAAAUAAUCAUGCAUGAGAAUAAAAAUGAGAGAUAUAGAUGAAGAGAGAAAGAGAGGGAGAGAGAGAAAGAUAGAGCGAAAGGGAGAGAGAAUGUGAGAGAAAGAGAGUAGAAUAGAAUGAAAGAAAAAUAAGAAAAACAAAGAGAAUACUUUAGUAGUUAUUAAUAAUCUAUUAUUAAAUUAAACAACAAUAAAAUACCACCAAAAACGUUUUAGUAUUAUAUAAUAAUAUGUUCUCAUGGAGUGUAGCGUCUUGUAUAUAUAUAUAUUAUAUAUUAUCUAUCAUACCUUUUUCUGUAGAUGUAACAAUUGAAUGAAAACUUUGAGUAAAUGCGUCCUCUUCAAGAUAUUUCGAGAUAAAGCAUUGAAUACUUUUUGCAAAACACGUUGUUUCAACUUCCAUAUACGAGUUCCGAUCAAUAGUUUUCUUUUUCGUUGUUUUAAUUAAAAGCAUAUUUGAUAAAAUGUUUAUAUACUAUAUUGACACUGUUAAUCUUAUUAAAUAUUUAUAUAUGGAACAUAUAAAUGUGUGCUAUAUAUUCUAUGUAUAUAGUAUACGAAAGAUAUAUAUAUAUAUAUAUAUAUAAACAUAUAAUGUAUACGGUGUAAAUUAUACUUAUCUUGAAUUGCGUGAAUAGUACAGUACAAUCUUAUUUAUAAAAAAUUGCUGAUGGUAUUUUGUAUGUAUAAAUCAAUAAUCCUUUUCAUGUAAAAAAUUCAUGUUUAUAGGUUAUGAUUACAUCAUAACCGAUACACAUAAUGGUUACGAAGUUAAAUGUUUUGUUAUCCGUUAAACUACAUUUAUAGUUAUAUUUUUUUUAAACGAACGGAUUAAGCUUUUUAUAAUAUUUAAUUAAUAUUCUGUUUUGCUUGAAUUACAUAAACGAGCUACAUAUUUACAUUAUGAAAACUAUGAUCGAAUUAUUUUCCUGCAAAAAAGUCAAUGCUUUUGAUCGUGAUAUCUUCGUGCAGUAACAACUUUAUACUGACUGCGCUAGGGAAUUCAAUCGAUCGAAAUGAACAAACAGAUUGGCGGAAAAUUCAAAAUUUUUUUGUGCGAAACAAAAAAUUAAACUUUAAUAGUUUCAUUCGCAAAAAUAUUGUCACGAUAGUUUUUGUUAUAACAGCAUCUUUCGAUUAUAAUAUUUUUACUAUAGUAUUAAUUUAUAAUUUACUUGUUUUUUAUGGAUAAAAUUGUUAUAAUCGAUAGAUGCUAAUGACAAUUUUUUUGCGAAUUAAACUAAGAAUAAUUAAUUUCGUUGUUUUGAUUGUUGAGUUUUUGAAAUUGAAUCUACGGAAUUUUGGAUAAAGUCAAACGUGCCGGGAAACAUUUUGAUAUUUUAAUUUGAUAUGCAUGUUUGAUUUUCCCGCGAUUCUGCCUCUUUAUUCUAAGUAUACAUAUGCGUGUACGUGAAAUUGUAAACAUAUUGGUAUAUAUAUAUUAUAUAUAUUUACCACGUGUUAUAUAUGCUGAUAAUGUUAUUGUUUUUCGAAACAUAACGGGCCUAUCGAAUGUAUAAUUUAUGUUAUCGUUUCAUUAAAUUAUUUCUUAAAUAAUAAACAUAAGAAGGAAAAAAUUAAAUAAAAAAAAAAAAAAAAAGAAAAGAGUAGUGACGAGUCCAUGGUGGUUCUCUAUAUAUAUUUUGGGAAUUGAUAAAAAAAAUAAUUCGAAAAGAAAGCAUUCUAUAAUACGUUUCAAACCAAAUUUAACGAAAUAAUUACAAGAACGUCCCAAGAUUUACAAAACAUUACUAUUAUCAUUACAAAUAUAUAUAUUAUAUACUAUAUGUAUCCUUUGAAAAAAGAUAAAAAUCAAUUGUUAGAAAACUGACUUUAUACAGUAUUAACUGAGUUUGACUGCUAUAAAAAAAAAAAAUUCAUAUAUUUUAUUGCAUCGUUGACCUUGAAAGCUACGAAUUCGACUGAAAAAAGGAAAACGGAUUAAUAAAUAUAUACGUGUUUAAAAAGAAAAAACACAUUAAUAAAAAAAAAUUCAGAAAAAUAACAUAUAUCGAUGAGAUAACCGUUUCCAUCAGUCUAAAUCGAUAGCAACCUAUAUAUAGUUUGUGACUUAUAGUGAAUGAAAAAAAAAUACCUAAAUGUAAACGGGCCUUAACGCUUUUUCCAAUUCUCCUUUCUCUCCCAUCACCCUCAUUAUCGAAGAUGCAUAAAAAAAAAACUUUGUAAAUAUCAUGUCAUGAACAUUUCAGUAAUUGAUAAUCAUUAAGUCCAUUCAUUCAUCAUAAUAACUGAAUAUUAUUUAAUUCUCAAUAUGAUUCGAUGUUUGUUUAUUUCAUGUUCGUUCAGCAUAGUACAUGUAUUCUACGUUUCACACAAUGACAAGGAAGAAAAAAUAUUUGCACGCAAUCAAGUUCAAAUAAUCAUGUAACAAUAUCACUACUAACAAUAUAAGUAAUAAUGUUAACUAUAUAUAAAAAAAAAAUGUAUCGUGAAAAGAAUGUCAGGUAUAUUCGAAGAUUUUGUAAAAGAUUAUGUUUUUCAUAAUCGUUAUAAAAUUCUAUGACGUUAUACCUGAUUGAAUUCAAACACGAGAUGUGUACAAAGAAAAAAAAAAAUAUAAAGAUCGAUAUCGAAGUAAAAAUUUCUUCAAAACAAGAAGAAAAUCUCUCUCUCAUACAUUUCCAGAAUUUUGAAGCUAUUCCAGUGAUAUACGUUUACUUGCUAUAUAUCAGUUAUAUUACAUAAACUAUAAUACGAAAACCCGAACGAAUUAUCGAUUGUUAAUGAUAUUUAACAUAAGAAGCAAACUGGUGUUGCUUGGAAUUUAAGGUAAAAAAAAUUUCGUUAAGAUUAAGUAUUAAUUGCAUUAUAUUUCGAGCAACAUCAGCUUAUUAAACUCAGAAAAUAAUGUGUCACGAAUAAAUAAAAAUACUUCCUUAAUAUUCAGUUAAUUCUCUAUACAUUAUAAAAUGAAAUAAAAAUAAAAACUAUUAUAAUUAAAAAUGCAUAUAAAAUUAAGAAUAGAUUAACUUUUUAAACUUAUGUUUGUUUAUCGUAUGUACUAUUUGCGAAGAAAAUUGAAUAAUUUUGUUGAUGAUUAAUUUAAUGUUAUAAUAUUUGAUUUAAAUUAAAUUUUAUUAUAUUUAUUAGUUUAUUAUAUUAAUGUAAAUUUAAUAUAACAUUAAAUUAAUAUGUGAGAAACAAAAAAAAGAUCGAUGACAUCACUGUUUCUUAUAUAAUUGACUUUCAUUUUUGGAUCCUUAAAUGGAUCGUUAAAAGACUCGAUGCCAGAAUACGAUCGCCGAUUAAAGUAUUUAGUCCAGAAAGCAAAAUACUACAUAUUAUAUGUUAAGUCACUCGAAAUAACAUAUACGUACAACUUUGCCGAUAAAGUCGAUGAUUAUAAUAAAAUUUAUUAUAAUAAAUAUAUAACGUAUUGAUAUGAAAUUGUAUUAUAUUUGACUUAAAAAGUACAUACACUAAUGGGUCAAAUAUUGAAUACCGAUCUGAAUUGCUUUUGUCUUUAUACUUUUUAAAAUGAUUAAAAAUAUUAAUUAUAUACCAUUCAAUUGUAAUGUAGAAAAUGAUAUCCAUGAAACGCUGAAAUAAUAUUACAAAGAUUUAUUCUAGUGAUAGUUCACAGAAUCGCGAAUGUAAAAUAGCGAUUCGAUAUUAUCUGAUGAUUAUCUAUUGAUAGUUUGAUAGUUCAUGGCACCGCUUAUAACAGCGUUUCAGUCGGCAAAGUGGUACACAUUAAUUCACACGUGCAAUCUAGAAAAAACAGUCGUUAAUAUACAUAAAAUCAAUCAUUACAAAUAAUAGUAAUAGAAAAUGUAGAAUAGAGAUGUGUAAGUGUAGUUGUAAUGUAGAGAAAAUUCACAGAUAUAUCAUUCCAAUCCUCUCCUUGAUCCCAAUGUUGAAAUCUUUCUCUGGAUUCGAGAUUGGGAUAUAAUUUUCUUAUCGUGCGCGAAUGGCACUUAAAAUAUAUGAUCGCUAACACUUAACCAAACUUGGUUCUAUCAUUUGUUCAGGACCAAUUAUCAUAAACGAUUAUCAAUAGCAUGUUCGAAUCAUGUUAUUAUUGCAGCAUUGUACUUAAAACCUUUAAUGAAAAAAUAAAGGGGGUUUACUGUUAAAAAAAAAAAAAAAACGCCGUGAAUCCGACAUCGAUCGAAAAGUUACGAUGAGCGUUUUUAUAUGCGAAGAACGAAUGUUAUUCUUCUUUCUUUUUGUUUGAUAAAUUGUAUUGCAUAAAUUUAUUUCGUUUAAUUUUUAUAUACAGAUGUUAAGUGAAAUGUAAAAUUGAAAAAAUAUGAAUGAUACAAUAAUUUCAUUUAAACAAAUUAUAAUUGAAAUUCUAUAUAACAAAAUAUACUGAAAUAUAAUGUUAUUUUUUAACUCA